AGAGCCGGUUUAAGUUCGCCCGCCCUAUCGUCUUUGUGAAAAAAUCUGAACCAGAUUCGGACAUACAUCAUCGUUUCGACGAAAAUGGCGUACUCAAUCAGGUGUGCUCCUGAUACGCUGCGUUUUGGUCCCCGACAACAAUGCAGCCGCCUAAACCCUAAUCCUCCUUCCUCUCUCCUCUCCUUUAAUCCCUCCCCAAUUCUCGCUCGUUCAGGAAAUUUGGGUGCUUCUUCUUCGUCUGUUUCCCGGCGGAGUAUUUGUGUUAGAGCUAAAAUGGCGGCGUCGGAAGGUUCGAUCAACGGGAGCAAUAGGAUGCUGGUGUUUGUGCCACCACAUCCGUUGAUCAAACAUUGGAUCUCUGUUCUGAGAAAUGACCAAACUCCUUGUCCUAUAUUCAGGAAUGCAAUGGCUGAACUAGGGAGACUACUCAUGUAUGAAGCAGCACGAGAGUGGCUGCCAACUGUUGCUGGAGAAAUAAUGUCUCCACUGGGUCCUGCUUCUGUUGAAUUCAUUGAUCCUAGAGAGCCUAUUGCGGUUGUUCCGAUAUUAAGAGCUGGUCUUGCUCUUGCAGAACAAGCAUCCUCGGUUUUGCCAGCGAAUAAAGUAUAUCAUUUAGGAAUAAGUAGGGAUGAGGAAACACUCUUGCCGUCGGUGUAUCUUAACAAGUUGCCUGAUGAAUUUCCCAAGAAUUCAAGAGUGUUUUUGGUCGACCCAAUGGUUGCCACAGGCGGUACCAUAAUUGCGGCGAUGGAUCUAUUGAAGGAACGUGGUUUGUCUGUUCAGCAAAUCAAAGUGAUUUGUGCGUGUACUGCACCUCCUGCACUGUCGAAGCUUAAUGAGAAAUUCCCUGGGCUUCAUGUAUAUGCUGGAAUGAUCGAUCCUGAAGUCAAUGAAAAGGGGUUCAUAAUACCUGGGCUUGGAGACGCUGGAGACCGCAGUUUCGGGACAGAAGGCUAAGCUUUUGAUGAAGUGAUUCUUGUGUGUUAUUGAAAGGGUUUGGAUAAGAGUCAAAGACUACAAACAAGAAGAAUCUCGUCUUUAGGAAACAAAGAACAAAAACUUGUAAUCACCCAUUUUCUUUGGGAGUAUAUCGUGAUUUAUGUGUCAUUUUGUCUACAGUCUACCAAAAAAAAAAAAAAACAUUUUUGAA